UCCACGGUGGGCAGUUCUACCGCUGCUCUUCCGGUGGAGACGUGGCUCUGUCCUGCUGCCAUAUUGACGCUAGCUAGCUAACAAUCACACAACUUGAAGUCAGCUGUACAUUCGCACCUUUCUAUUCCAGACUGACUAGAAAUCACCAAAUCAAGAAACACGAGAGACGGAAGAUCGUCGUUCCAUAGAGAGAGACCAAAAUGGUGCUGUUGGCAGCGGCGGUGUGCACCAAGGCCGGCAAGGCCAUCGUAUCGCGGCAGUUUGUGGAAAUGACCCGGACACGCAUUGAGGGUCUCCUGGCUGCAUUCCCUAAACUGAUGAACACGGGCAAGCAGCACACCUUUGUGGAAACAGACAGUGUUCGCUAUGUGUACCAGCCCUUGGAAAAACUCUACAUGGUCCUCAUCACCACCAAGAACAGCAACAUCCUGGAGGACCUGGAGACCCUCAGACUCUUCUCCCGCGUGAUCCCAGAAUACUGUCGUGUGCUAGAGGAGAGCGAAAUAUCAGAUCACUGUUUCGACCUGAUCUUUGCCUUCGAUGAGAUCGUUGCACUAGGCUACAGAGAGAACGUCAACCUGGCUCAGAUCCGCACCUUCACAGAGAUGGAUUCCCACGAGGAGAAGGUUUUCCGGGCUGUCAGAGAGACCCAGGAAAGAGAGGCUAAGGCAGAGAUGAGGAGAAAGGCCAAGGAGCUGCAGCAGGCCAGGAGGGACGCUGAGCGCUCUGGAAAGAAGGUGUCGACCUACGGAGGCUUCGGCAGCGCACCCGGCAUGACCAGCAUGUCCUCAGGGUCCAUCAUCACAGACACCAUCGUGGAGCCUGAGAAGCCCAAGAUCACACCAGCCACCGCCAGACAAAGUGGACCCAGCAAGGCUCUGAAACUGGGCGCUAAAGGGAAGGAGGUGGACAACUUUGUUGACAAGCUCAAGUCCGAGGGUGAAACCAUCAUGCCAACCUCAGGGAAGAGAGGCUCCGAUGUAUCUAAAGCUCUGCCGCCACCAGUCAAUGUGGAGGGCGUACAUCUGCGUGUGGAGGAGAAGAUCUCGCUGACCUGCGGCCGUGACGGCGGUCUUCAGAACAUGGAGCUGCUGGGCAUGGUCACGCUCCGAGUCACAGACGAGAAGAGCGGACGCAUCCGCCUCAUCAUCAACAACAACGACAACAAAGGGCUGCAGCUGCAAACACAUCCCAACGUGGACAAGAAGUUGUUCACAACUGACUCGGUGAUCGGCCUGAAGAACCCGGAGAAGUCCUUCCCUCUCAACAACGAUGUCGGUGUGCUCAAGUGGAGACUGCAGACCACAGACGAGGCCCUCAUACCUCUAACCAUAAACUGCUGGCCUUCAGAGAGCGCCACUGGCUGUGAUGUGAACAUCGAAUACGAGCUGCAGGAGGAGAGCCUCGAGCUCAACGACGUGGUCAUCAGCAUCCCUGUACCGUAAGUGCUGAUUUAUUAUAGAAAAAG